CGUGAUCAUGGAUUUUUCUACGAUGAUUAUCUUCCAACAAGACGCGGCCCACCUGCUGAGAGUAGACGACCUGUCGAAGAUCAUUACUCUCAGCGGUUAUCACCUGAGGAGGAACGAUCGUUCGGUGAAGCUGGGACCGUUCAGCGCAGCGAUUAUACCAGGAGAAGGAGCUAUCCUGAUCCUUCUCGAGCAGAGCGCCGCCACGAGCUAGACCUGUUAGACGUUGAUGAAAGGGGAAGGCUAUCACAAGUUGAAAGAGCAGGAGGUGAGAAGCAUAACAAUUACAGACCGGAAUAUUAUUCUGGCGAAGUAGAGAGUAGAAGACGACGGAGACGACGCUCAGGCUCGCAGCGUCAGCAACGACGUCAAGGACCUUCUGCUUUCAUCGAUGCCUUUGCUGGAAAACGGAAGCAGGUACUAGAUGACUCUUCCCCUUGAUUCUCUAGGUACUAGGUGUGUGGUGGACUUGAAGAGGGUACUCCAUCUACAGUAGAACGUCAUAGAUUUUUUGGAUUUGAUUUAUGCCUCUAGGAUUGAGGGUCAACGUUGUCUCGUAAUUUAGUUUUUCACCAUUAUACAGCAAACAAGCAAGGCGCACAAGAAUCUGCCUGCUUAUUUGUGGGACGAGGACUUUUCGAGGCCUUCCCCAUCAAGUAAUGGGGUCUAUGCUCCUCCUUCAGACGCACAACCACAAGCACCACAAAUAAAUCAACAACAAGCAUCAUCUUCAUCAAAUAAUCCUGUUCUUGAUGGUGGAGGAGAUGCGAGUGCGACGAUGGCAGAUAGGCUCAAUAGCCUUGGACGGAACGGCAGACAGGCUCAAGAAACCGCAAGAUUUCUGCCAGAUUACUACGACAUCGGGAGGACGCAACUUUCUAAUUACGGAACAAAUCCUGGAACAACGACGAUGAGAGGUGCAGCUUUGAAUUUUGACGAGGACACCAGGGGUCAGGCAAAUGUACAACAGAGGACGAGUCUUCAAACAAGUCGAAGUGUAGUGACCACAGUUGCUCCAUCAUCAGCGGACCAGCAGGCGCUAGAUGCAUUGGCGGUCUUGAAUGCAGAUUUGACACGUGUCGAUGUCGCUAGGCGAGAGGUACGCGCACUGCAGAUGGGCCUAGAGGCGCAGAAGCUGUCGCUGCAAAAGAAUGCCACAGUUAAGGUUGCUUGGGAGGAUGUCUAAGAGUUGGAGUUUGGAGUUUCUCUCUUGUCCUAUGUCUUUUUUUUAUCGAUUACAGUACAGCAAACAUAUUCGUCUUCGUCCAGCAAACAUAUUCGUCUUCGUCAAUGGAUAGUGCCGCAUUUAACAAUCAAGAUUCCAUCGUCGCUCUAAUUCCCAACUCACCGCAGUCCAAGACAUUCUCCUUGUGCAGAAAGCGCAACUGCUGAAACGGGAAGGUGUGAGAGAUCCGUAUGUUAUUGACAGUGCGAUUGCAGCGGCUGGCGGAGACCUGCUCGAAGGUGGAGCUGGAGAUAAACAAGAAACGAUUGUUUCGAAUCUUUUUGUGUUGUUAUGGAUGGGCUUGUUUGAUUUUGGAAAAAUAGCAGACCACCUUGUCUAAUGAACAUCAAGAUUACAGUACCCUCUCUAAUCUUCGGUGCCGUCGGGAUGCUCUUGCUGUUGUUCUGUAUCGUCACUUCGAUGCACGAUGUUGAUGACACGGCAUCUAGGGAUUUGAUAGGUUUCUUAACGCCACAGGAGCGGCCUGCGCUGGAAGGUACAACUGGAGAUGCUGGGACCGCUAGAAAUAUCGAAGCAGUACAACCUGGUGACCCGAACGCAGGUGCUACUGCGGCCCCUAGUAUCAACACUACCGGAGCACGCCCGAC